GUAAAUGUUUUGAUCAUCAUUGAUUCACGGUCGGACGAUUGUUGGAAACUAGUGACCGUCCGUUGAUGAAGAGUAGCCCUUCUGAGGUGAUCCUGUCGACAAGAAGUCCUUGCUCAGAUUCUGAGUCUUCUUCAUGUCAAUACUGACCUGUCACUGCCUCCGAUCAAAUCGUGUUGGAACACAACUUUGUGACAGUGGGGAGUACUCGGCUCGGAAAAGUGAAACAAAGCUAAACGUUGUUACUCCAACAUCGACAUGUGAUUUAUGCGGAAACAUCAUGGCGAACAUAGAUUACGAUCUUAACUCCAAACAUUACCAGCUGCUUAGAGCUAUAUGCCAAGCCUAUGAUGGGACAGCAACAAUAUACCUAGCAAAAUACCUGCCAGCAGAUAGUUACGUAGCUGUCAGUAGGACCAAUCUCGAUGCUGUUCACGAAGGAUUCAGUGUUUUACAGUAUGAGUUUUAUUUGAUGCGUCUGAUGCAGAAUGAGAACAUCUUGGCGUUGAACAAAACCUUCGUCACUCACAAUGAGCUGUGGGUUGUCAUGCCACUCAUGGACCUUGGUUCAGCAAGAGAUGUUCUGGACAACGCCUAUCCUGAUGGAUUACCAGAGGUUAUUAUAUCUUAUAUACUUCGAGAUACCCUGCAGGGAUUGGACUACUUACAUAGAAUGGGCUAUGUACACAGGAGUGUGAACACGAGCCACAUUCUCCUGUCCAAGUCGGGCAAUGUGAAGCUUGCUGGUCUGCGCACGGCCGUUAGUAUGCUGAUAGAAGGGAAGCUCCUGAGAGCGGUGCAUGACUUCCCUACGCAUGCUGUAAAGUUACUCCCAUGGCUCGCACCGGAGGUCUUGGAACAGAAUCUCCUCGGCUACGACACCAAAUCUGAUAUUUACAGUAUAGGUAUCACAGCGUGUGAGCUGGCCAAUGGAUGUGUACCGUUCUGUGAUAUGGUUCCCAUGAAGAUGCUCCUGGAGAAGAUAAAUGGCACCACACCCAAGCUCCUCGACAGCUCUACCUUAGUGAGCGACGAACAGGGAGGUUCGGUCGUGGACAGCGGACUCGGGAGCAGUAAUGUAGCAUCUGGAAGCAAACAGGUGGAUCAGAACCCAUUCACAAGGCUCUUCUCUCCACAGUUCCAUCAUUUUAUUGAGGUUUGCCUAACGCAAGACCCUGCUAAUAGACCAAGUGCUUCAGCGUUACUCAACCAUGCAUUCUUCAAGCAAGUCAAGAAGCGAACGAGUGAGACAUUGUUUCCUUUCUUCCAGAAUCUGACGUCGUUGACAGAAAUGAAGUCUGACGAAGAUCAGGGAGCCUUAGAGGAACACGAUGGAACUCUUGUGGAGAAAUUCCAGUGUAUGGAUGUCAACGAAAAAUGGGUCUUUGACUAACAACUUCUUUGUUUAUUCUUCAUCUCGAAAUAUUAACAUUGCCAUUGGAUACAGUUAGCGGUGAAAGGGUCAGCAUGCCUUUCUGUGUGCCUUUGGUAAGCAGUGCUAUAAAAUGGAAACCCGUACAGUAAGCAUAAAGUCUGUCUUUAAGCAGCUCUAUGAAAUUGGACUGAGAAUUUGAACAAUUUGUUUUGAACAAUUAAUUGUUCUGGAAAGUAUGCGGUAACACCAUGUAAUGGCUAUCUCUAAGUGAGUUGGGGUGGUUCAUACCGUUGGUUUCAACUCCAAAGCCAUUUGUUAGUGAGACUUUAUUAAUGUCUGGUACAAUGGCUUGCUUAAUAGUCACAAUGUACUGCUGAAGUUUGAAUUCCUCAGACUACAGAGACAGUCGCUAUGAUUAUCCCCAAUGGUUCAAUGCAAGCUUUUGUAUAGAAAUCUUCAGAUGAGUAAACCCUGGAAUCAUUGUACCAUGCACAUUCAUUCAUUCAGAAUUAUGUAUGGAUGUUGGCAAUAUAUUCAUGUACAUAGUGUGACUACGCAAAAGCUUUCCCCAAACCAUGAGACAUAGCAACUGUCUCUAUAGUCUGAGGAAUUCAAAUUGAAGCGAUAACGCAGGACUAAGCUAUCCUUGUUCCAGACAAGUUUCAAAUCUAACUUGGCUUAUUAAGAGCACUUUGUCGUAGAGCUACAUAUACAUGCACCGGUAUAUAGUAUACAUAGUAAGUUUUGUUGGGAAGAUGCAAGUAUGACUCUCCCCAAAGUUUUGAUUUAGAUUGUAAAAUAUUUACAACUAUAAACACCUAUAUUGAGUGCAAUUCGUAUAUCAUGCCUGAGAUGGAACAUGGAAGGUGUACAUGUAUAUAUUCCUGAGUGCGAGGGCAAAAACUUACUGAGCGCAGAAAUCUCCUGCUGAGCAAAAACAGGUAACCAGCCAAAAUACAGUACAUUUAUCAUUGCUGUGACUGGUACAGCAAAGGAAUUUGCCAAGCAUAGUUUUCUUCUAUACAGUUUUAUGACAUUUUUUCCUGGUUAGGCCAUUACAUUUUUCUAGAAUCAGAGAGAAAGGACAGAGCCUCUAUGCUAGAAUGAAGCACAUUAAUUGUGUAUAAUUUACUUGCGGAAUAAUUACCAAAAGUAUUCACUGCUUUAAUGUGAAGAAUGUACUGUGCUCGGUUUUAAAGGAAGCUGAAAUAUGUCCUUUCUUUUGUGGUGUCACCUUUUACAUAUUCAAAAGUACUUUUGUCAAAGGUGUCCACAAUUUGGAAAACCUAGACAUGAAGUGAACCCAAGAAAAAUUGAAACUCAAGAGACUGAAAGAAUAUGUUAGCUACUU